UGACAAACAAAAAGUGAGGUUAUAUGUGGCGGCUAUUUCGCGUAUUUAAAUAUAACGGACUAAGUUACCUAUGUUUACUUAUUUACAGUAAAUUAAAAGUUUAUUCAAUGAUGGUUUAUCACUCAUAUAAAUAUGUAUUUUUUUUCUAAACAAUUCAUAUUUUAUUGUUUUUAGUAUUAUGUUUCAUCUUUGAAAAUAAAAGGCUAAUCAUGUCCGGAGACACUUCUAGUUGUGGUUUUAUUUCAAGUUCAGAAGAAGUCUUGGCUGCUAUUGAUCAUGAGUUGAAACAAAUUGAUGGACAGCUCAGACAAUUAAAUCAGAGAAGGAGUGAAUUAAUUGCAAAGAAAGAAGAACUACAAGAUCAAAUUUCUCUGAAGAAAAGUAAGGAAUUGGCUGAUCAAAACUGGGAUCAUACCGAUUUUCCUUGGUAUGAGAGAUUGAUGAAAAAUCUUAACAAUGUCUUCAAAAUCAAGGCAUUGCGCCCAUUCCAACUUCCUACAAUGAAUGCUACUCUAUCGAAGCUUGAUGUCAUUUUGAUUAUGCCCACAGGAGGUGGCAAAAGUUUGUGUUAUCAGCUUCCCGCCUUGGUUGAUCAAGGAUUCACAUUAGUUGUCUCCCCACUGUUGGCAUUGAUGGAAGAUCAAGUGAUUGCGUUGAGGGCCUUGGAUAUUGAUGCGGGGAUGUUCCACGCUGAAGUCGACAAAGCAGAAUCAAAUAGAUUAAUGCAGGGUAUGACAGAUCCCAAAUCACCAUUGAAGCUGAUCUACGCCACGCCAGAAAAGCUUGCUAAGAGUAAGCGAUUUAUGAGCAAAUUGCAAAAAGCGUAUGAAUUGAAUCGCUUGUCCAGAAUCGCCAUUGAUGAGGUGCACUGUUGUUCGCAAUGGGGGCAUGAUUUCCGACCAGAUUAUAAGUUUCUGGGCGUUCUGAAGCCAAUGUUCCCUGACGUUCCGAUCCUUGGAUUAACCGCCACUGCUACAUCCAAAGUUACUAUCGAUGUUCAAAAAAUGCUGGAUAUUCAAGGCUGCCUGGUGUUGAAGUCAUCCUUCAAUCGUCCUAAUUUAUAUUACGAGGUUAGAGUGAAGCCUUCCUCUCAAAAAGAAUGCAUUGAUGAACUUGAAGAUUUGUUAAAAAAUAGAUUUGCAAAUAAGUCUGGAAUAAUCUACACAACAUCAAUAAAGGAUUGUGAAGAAUUGAGAGAAGAGUUGAGAAAACGUGGAUUAAGAGUGAGUGGCUACCAUGCCCAGCUAGACAUCAAACUGCGUUCCUCUGUCCAUGAGAAAUGGCUGAGAGGGGAAUAUCAGGCUGUUGUAGCCACCAUUGCUUUUGGGCUCGGAAUAGAUAAGCCCGAUGUGCGCUUUGUCAUUCACCAUUGCCUGUCCAAAUCAAUGGAAAAUUUCUAUCAGGAAAGUGGCAGAGCUGGUAGGGAUGGGAAACCUUCUGAUUGCAUUCUGUUCUAUCGGUUGGCUGACGUCUUCAAGCUGAGCACUAUGGUAUUCACACAACAGACCGGUCUGCAAAACCUCUACGGAAUUGUCGAUUAUUGUCUUGAUCCGACAAAAUGUCGUCGAGCGAUAAUUGCAUCUCACUUUGAUGAGAGCUGGGAAAGCACGCAUUGCGACAGGAUGUGUGAUCACUGCAAGUGCGGAGUUGCGCCGAAAGAGGUUGACAUCACCAAGCACUGCCGCUCCCUUCUCAAGCUAUUGUCGCAUGCCUCUUCACAGGACACCAAAAUGACUGCCCAGAAACUACUGGAGGCAUGGUAUGGCAAAGGCCCACCAAAACUGAGAUUAUCAAGCAUUGCUGUUCCGAGCUUCUCCAGAAUAACCGGUGACAAUAUUCUUGCAAGACUUCUAAUCGAUGGGUAUUUGAAAGAAGACUUUCACUUUACAGCCUACUCAACAAUAAGCUACAUUCGAAAAGGGCCAAAGGCGAGUAAAGUGGACGAUGCAAGUCUCGUGAUUUCCAUGAAAGUGGCCGGAAAAGCCGAACGUGCCGCAACUGAUUCAUCGGCUGAGAAGAAUGACCAUGCGAAGAAGACCAGUAGCUCUACGAAUACGAAGGUGAAGAAAGAGACAACGAAGAAUGGAGGUGAAGGCAUUAGUGGCAAGAAACGGACUCAAAGUGAAAGUGAGAAUACUCAGAUAAGAACGAAAGUGUUUGUUAUAGAAGACUCUGACACUGAUUAAUCGUAAGUCAAGUUGAAUGAUGUUGUACAACUUUGAAUUUGAAUUGCUUGUUGGAAGGUGUGAUUUACUGUUACAAUAUAUUUUGCAGCUAAGAUUGAAUGAUA